UUUCUAAGUUCAAUUGCGAUCCAUCCUUCGAUCCAAAAUCCAUCGUCUCCCGAACAGCCUAACCCAGGCCCGCGCUCGUACGAUGUAACACCGUUCCGCAUGGGGGUACCGCGACUUCCGGUCCUUCGAGCGUUCGGCCUCUAGCAGCCAGGAUGACCGAAGACGUUGGCGCCCUGCUCCAGAAAGGCCUGUCCGAGUGGUGGAACGAGGAGACGGAGUACGUUUUCCAAAGGAUCGAAAGAUGGGCGGCGUACGCAAGGGGAUACAAUCGUCUGAGGUCCCAAAGGCUGUCGAGGGGACGGAUGACCAUGCAGGGAGGACAGGAGCCUCGAUGGAGCGUCUCCUCGAACAAGCUGAUCAUCGACGACGUCUCGUGGAGUCCGCGUUUUCACACGUUCAAGAAGUCCCGGCGUAAGUCCAGACCAGAGGAGGCCAAGAUCAACUGCUGCGGCACUUUCAACUACCAAUCGAACAGCAACCUGGACAGCACCUGCCUGGAGACAUACAGGUACGAUCACAGUAUUUAUUUCAAGACGAUCGGCGAUAUCAGGAACAGCAAAAAGGACAACGUCGACCCGAAGAACGAGCGGGAAGACAGGAUCUCCAUCAGCAGCGAGGAACUGGUCGAGUGGGACGUAAGCUCCGUGUCUGAUUUCAUUGCCAAUCAACUAUUGGAGGACGGCCUCACCAGCGAUAAUAUUCAAAGUAUCUUCGGUGACAAGACGAGCCCUGUGCAGGACGUAGACGGAGUUGAUACGGUUACGUGGUCCAAUGUGGACUUGAUGAAGAUUAAUUUGAACGGGGAUGACACUCUUAGGGAUGAAGAGAAUAACGAGAGUAAGUUCACGGUGGCGGAGAUCGAGGAGGAGAGGAAUAAUAAUUAUAUCGGAAAUGUGAAAUUCGUGGAUUCGUACCUGGAGAAUCGACAGACGCAGGCCAAGCGUGUCUCUGAUGGAAAUGUCGAUGUUGGAGAGCCGCAGGAUCACGAUGAAACGUUUCGCGAUGGUCGGGGGAACAGGAGAUCGCCUAAAGGAGUGCAACCUUCGAUUAUGAGCGAUAAUGACGUGACGUGGCCAAGUAUUUUAACGAAUUACACGAAGAAUGUCGACUCAGCCUCCGCGUAAUUAAUGGAUAUCGUGGAAAUGAAUUUUAAAUUGAAAUUGUUGCGAUCAUGUAUAAACUAUUGUAUUAAGACUAGUUGUCUUUAACAAUAAUGAAAGAAAAAUAUAAACGAUAUUGAAAUCAGAUAUUCCAAUUAGGCUUGCAACAUACUAAAUGAACUAAGUCAAGUUUAAUUAAUUUUAAUUUUAUGGAAUGUAAAUUGAAACCAAAUAAGGAUAAGGAUGAACAGUUUAUUGUUUGGAUGGAAAUAUGUACGAUAUAUAAUCUUGGAUUCUGUUGUACUGCAACACCGUCUAAUAGUAUUCUUCACGAUUAUUCGUCGCGAAUAAUAAAUUAACUACACUUUUGGUUACAUGAUUUUGUUUGAUCGAUUAAGAAGAAAUAGAAGUAAAUAGCAGAAUCGAUUUGGCAGACACAGAUACUUUGCACAGAGCAAUAAUAAAUCUUUUGUAUUUUAUCUUUUAAGUUACUCCUUCGUCAGACUAAUUAAUUUUAUAUGUGAAUAUUUAAAUUAGGGGAACAACUGCUGUACCGAAACCACUGACUUUAAUAAAAUUGAUGUUUAAUGCUG